UUUCACAAAAAUUACAAUUUCGUAGAAGAAAGCGUAUGUGCCUCGACUGGUGCAUUUGUCCCUGGACUCGCUGGAAAUAGAGAAAGCACGAAUUCUGGUUCUAGUAAUGAUGAUCCUGGAUUUGAAAACGAAAGUUCUGAAGACAUUUCAUCAGGUUUCAAGGAGCCAACUUUGGAUAACGGAGAAAAGGUUAUCCAAUCAACCCUUCCGAUUGGAUCUUCGUUCAAUUUACAUGUACUUACUGAUCAUGGUCUGCUGGGUAGUGGGUCAACCGACCCAACAUUGGCUAAUGAGAGUUCCAGAGUGCGUCGACCUCCUUCAAUCCCGGUACCUGAUGUUGACGAUGGAAUGGUGUGUCAGUCUCCUUCAAUUUCAGUACCUGAUGUUGAUGGUGGAAACUGUCCAUCUUCUUCUCGAACUCCUGCCCUACCAGUAAAAGAGCCCGACUACGAAUCUUUGCAGAAUGCCGUGACGGAAUAUUAUACUCAGUUUAUGAACUCUGUAAAUCAACUAAAAGAGGCUCAUCACCAACGGUCUUUGGCGAGUGGUGUUGAUGCUGAUGCGAGGCAAGAAAUCACGCGGUUGGAGAGUAAAAAUACUGAGUUGUCUGCCGCUAUAAGGGUGCUGACCGAAGAGUUGGCUGGAGCGCGCCAGGAAUUAGCUAACUCCAAAUCCCGUGAAUUGCAGCUGCAAUUAUACUUGGAAGAUAUUGAAGAUGUACUUCCAGAUUCAUGGGAGUACUGACUUGCUCCCGGCUUCAAAAUUCGGUAGGGGCGCUCUCACCUCUGCUUAUUCACCAUUUGCAGCAAUUUUCAUUUUCGUCAAGCUGAGUCUUUUUUGAACUCACCAGCAGAGUUCCGGCCGGGGUAUCUAAUAGUGUUUUUGGUGCGAACACUCUUUUGUCUAUUAGGUGAAGAUAGUGUGACAGAGUACGUGAUCCCUCUUUUUGUAUAAAAACAUUCUAAGCUGACAACUGGUAGCUUUCACUGAAACUGUAUGAAUGUCUUUAUAUUUCUUCAUAA